AUGACCAUCCUCAACAGUGCCGCAUUGGGUCCUGUACAGAACAACGUUCACAAUACCCUCCUGAGGUGGGAUAGGUCACCAGAUGAGAUCCGCAGCGGCACCGACCUCUUGAUUGGUAGAGUUAAGAAGGUCUACGAUGAGAUUGGAUGCCUCCACUUGGACGACGUUUCCGUUGAGAAUACACUGAGAGCACUUGCCAAUGUCAAGAUGGACUAUGCAUCCUCCCGUCACUCUCUAGACUUCCCCCAGUACGUGAGUCCUUGCAAGGCCGUACGAUCGGCCAGCACGGAAGCUGACAAACGUCUGUGUGAGUUGGACGUAGAGCUGAACAUGAGGGAGGACGUUUUCCGCAGAAUCGUCGCUUUGCAGAAGACACUUCCGGAUAAUGUCUCGGCUGAGGAAAAAAGAUUAUUGGAGAAACUGGUCCUGUCAGGCAGGAGGCACAAUCUUCAUCUGUGUACAGAUACAAGAGAGCAAAUCAAAAGAUUGUCCAAAAUGAUCUCGGAGCUCUCCAUCGAGUUCAACAAAAACCUGAAUGAGGACAGCACAUUCCUGCUCUUCUCUCGGCACCAGCUGGACGGUCUGGCUGAGAGCUUCCUGUCAGGUCUAGAUCUGGAUCAGGCCUCGGGUCGAUAUAAGGUGACUUUGGCCCAUCCUCACUAUUUUCCUGUUAUGAAGCUCUGCCACGAUCCGGAGACGCGGCGGAAAAUGGAAACGGCCUUUCACAGCAGGUGCAAAGAGGCCAACACGAUCAUUCUGGAGCGUUUGAUCUCUCUGCGAGCAGAGUUGGCGUCUCUGUUGGGCUUCAGCUGCCACGCUGACUACGUGCUGGAGCUCAACAUGGCAAAAAGUGCCACCAAGGUGGACACCUUCCUAAACACCCUCCAGAAGACUCUGGAGCCAGUAGGCGAGCACGAGCGAAAGUACAUGCUUGCCCUGAAGAAGCGCGACUGCCUAAUGAGCGGUCGCCACUUUGAUGGGCAUCUGAGUGCAUGGGACCUGCCCUACUACGGUAACCUGUUGGAGCGGCGUGAGUUUGCCGUGGACAAGGACCAACUCAUCGAGUACUUCCCCCUGGAUGUCGUCACUGAUGGGCUGCUGGGGAUCUACCAGGACCUUCUGGGACUUCGCUUCAGUUGGGUGCAAGCAGCGCCAGUGUGGCACCGUGACGUUCGCGUCUACGCAGUCCAUGAUGCUGAUACAUGCGAGUUGAUGGGGCACUUUUAUCUGGACCUGCACCCCAGGGAGGGGAAGUACGGCCACGCAGCGUGCUUUGCCCUGCAGCCAGGGUGCAAGGACCCCGAAGGAGGGCGACGCCUCCCUCUGGUUGCUAUGGUUGCCAACUUCACCAAACCGGCUGGUGGUCUGCCAUCGCUGCUUCAGCACCACGAAGUGGAGACGUACUUUCACGAGUUUGGACACAUCAUGCAUGAGAUCUGCUCCAGGGUCACCUUUACAGAAUUCAGCGGCAUGCUGGUGGAGACGGACUUUGUAGAGGUUCCGUCUCAGAUGCUGGAGAACUGGGUGUGGGAGAAAGAGCCACUGAGGAGAAUGUCCCGCCACUACAAGGAUGGCUCGGCCAUCCCGGAGGAGCUUCUCAACCAGCUAGUCGCGUCCAGGGUGGCUAACACAGGUUUGAUGUACCUGCGUCAGGUACUACUCAGUAAAGUGGACCUGUCACUGCACACUUGCUCCUCUGCAGACUCGGCCGCAGUGUACGCUAAACUAUGCCAGGACAUCUUGGGUGUUCCAGCUACAGAAGGCACAAACAUGACAGCUAGCUUUGACCACCUGGUGGGAGGAUAUGACGGCCAGUACUACAGCUACCUUUGGAGUGAGGUCUACUCCAUGGACAUCUACUUCAGUCGCUUUAAAAAGGAAGGAAUCCUCAAUCCUCAGGUUGGCAAAGAGUACCGCCGGGUCAUCCUGGAGGCGGGAGGCUCAGUAGACGGCCCGGACAUAUUGCAACGCUUCCUGGGACGGGCACCAUGCCAGGACGCCUUCUUCCACUGCAAAGGAUUGACAUGUCACUCUAAGACUGAAAUGUGA